UUUUUGGUAGAAACGGGGUUUCAGCAUGUUGGGUAGGCUGGUCUUGAACUUGUGAUCUCAAGUGAUCUGCCCGCCUCGGCCUCCCAAAGUGCUGGGAUUACAGGCAUUUACAGUUAUUCUUGAGAACUACAAGCAAGAAAGGAGGGGAGACCCAGGUCAGUUCAAGGCCACUGGGAGAACUGUCCUGCACGGCCUGCCUCUGAAGCCCAUGAUGUUUCUGCUUUGUGGGACAGUUCUUCAGGUGCCUGCUUCCCCAGGCCUUCCCCUGUGCUGUCUCUCCUGCACACACCAUCUGACUGUCCUCCCAGCACGUACACCUCCAGAUGCUUGGGUUGCCCCGACCCAAAACGGUCUACUCUCCCGGCCAAGCCAAUUGCCCCUGGGAUUUUCUGCUCCUCCAAGAUCCAGCGCAUAGCCCUGGUGGUGGCUCAUGCCAGUACCAUCCUUGGUUACUCCGGAUACUGAGGCAGCAGGAUCGCUUGAGGCCAAGGAGUUCAAGACCUCCCCUCUCCCAAAUAUUUUUAAAUGAAAUUAAAAGGAAGAUCUAGCCCAAGUGCCUCUUCUCCCCUACUGACUCCCACACUCUUACAACAGAUGACCUCACAGCACUGGGCGCACGGCUCUGGUGUCCAGCAGGCAAGGAAUUAAUUAAGCCUUGCCUGUCCUGGCCGGUUGGCUUACCUCUCUCCUGUCAGAAUGCAACCUGACUUUGUGCACCUAGAUGUCCCCAGCGCCCAGUUCUGAGCCAGGCACGUCAAAUGUCAAGUAAUUGACUGAACUAAGAGCUCCUGGAUAGGUCCGGGAACUCGCCCGGGCACAUGGUGCCAAAAGGCAGGCAGCCCGCCCCGCGGGCUGGGGAAAGAACCGACAGGCGGCCGCGGUGAGCCCCCGGGCGCCCGACAGGUGGCGCCGCAGCCCCGGGCCCGGGCCCUCUCCGCGCGUGGUCACGCAGCCCCUCUUCCUUCCGCCGGCUCCGGACUCACAGUGAGCCCUGCGCGCGUCUCUUACUCGGGUCUGUGCCCCGCGCCGCGCUGGGCGCCAUGGCGCUCCCCAGAGCCCGGGCCCGCGGCUGGGCGGCAGCCGCCAGAGCGGCCCAGAGGCGCCGCCGCGUGGAGGGCGCAGGAGGGUCCCUGAGUCCUGAGCCUGCGGGCCGGCGCGCGGCGCUUUACGUACACUGGCCUUACUGCGAGAAGCGCUGCAGUUACUGUAACUUCAACAAGUACAUCCCUCGCGGCGUAGAGGAGGCUGCCAUGCAGAAGUGUCUGGUGACCGAAGCGCAGACGCUGCUGAGGCUCAGCGGGGUGCAACGGGUGGAGUCUGUGUUCUUUGGUGGGGGGACUCCCAGUCUAGCCAGUCCCCACACGGUAGCUGCUGUCCUGGAGGCUGUGGCACAGACAGCCCACCUGCCUGCAGACUCGGAAGUCACGUUGGAGGCUAAUCCCACUUCAACUCCAGGCUCCAGACUGGCAGAGUUUGGGGCAGCAGGGGUCAACAGGUUGUCCAUAGGCCUCCAGUCCCUAGAUAACACUGAGCUCCGGCUGCUGGGACGGACGCACUCGGCCCGCGAUGCUCUGCGGACGCUGGCAGAGGCCCGGCGCCUCUUUCCCGGGCGAGUGUCUGUGGACUUCAUGCUGGGGCUGCCGGCCCAGCAGGUGGGGCCGUGGCUUGGGCAGCUACAGGAACUGCUGCACCACUGUGACGACCACCUCUCCCUCUACCAGCUGUCCCUGGAACGGGGCACCGCACUCUUCGCCCAGGUGCAGCAGGGUACCCUUCCAGCCCCUGACUCGGAGCUUGCAGCCGAGAUGUACCAGAGGGGCCGGGCUGUCCUUCGGGAGGCUGGCUUCCGCCAGUAUGAGGUCUCCAACUUUGCCCGGAAUGGGGCGCUCAGUACCCACAAUUGGACUUACUGGCAGUGUGGUCAGUACCUUGGCAUUGGGCCUGGGGCCCAUGGGCGAUUUAUGCCCCAGGGGGCUGGAAGCCACACCCGGGAGGCUCGCAUCCAGACACUGGAGCCUGACAACUGGAUGAAGGAGGUGAUGAUGUUCGGCCAUGGCACCCGGAAGCGUGUCCCCCUGGGCAGGCUGGAGCUGCUGGAGGAAGUUUUGGCCCUGGGGCUACGCACCGAUGUGGGGAUCACUCACCAGCAUUGGCAGCAGUUUGAGCCCCAGCUGACCCUGUGUGACGUGUUUGGAGCGAACAAGGAGGUGCAGGAGCUGCUGGAGCAGGGCCUACUGCAGCUGGAUCACAGGGGUCUUCGGUGUUCCUGGGAGGGUCUGGCUGUGCUGGACUCUCUCUUGCUGACCCUCCUGCCUCAGCUCCAAGAGGCCUGGCAGCAGAGAACCCCCUCCCCUGUGCCAGGAGGAUGACCAAAUGUUCCUGUGUUCCAGGGUAACGCCAGGAAAUUACCUCCCCAAGAGAAGCCUUCCUUCCUUUGGAGUAAGGUCCUACGACAGCUGGAUGAGUCAGGAAAACCAUGUCCCCUCCAGGUAUUAUUCAUAUCAGCAGGAAGGGAUCUACUAUAGGAAUGAAGUAUUUAUACAACCACUGAAAGGGAUAGAGAAGUGAAAAUUGGAGAAAGCCAGUAGCAACUGUCAGAAAUCAGCAACGUGCAGGAGGCACAGAAAACUCCUGCUGAUGGUCUUAGCUUCCAGCUGCACAAAAGCAGAUGAUGUACAGGAAAAUGCUCAGAAGAUGCUCCAAAACUCAUGCCUACUGUCUGCUACUGCUGGAAAAGGAAUCAUGGUUUCUAGAAGUGCCUCUCAUUAGUGGACUUUAAAGCAAAUCCUGGCUGGCAGGAAAUUCUGAGGAAUAUAGUUCUUAGGCUUCCAGCCUCUACCAUGCAGGAGAGAACACAGAAGGACUGAUGUAUGUUGGUGGAUCCAUGUAUGUGUCCAGCACAGUGGCCUGCUGGACUCUGAGAACUGGAAAAGAUCAGAGCAAGCCUUGCCUCUUAUCUUCGGGAAACCAGAAUAAAUUUGGGGUGGUAGGAGCCACACAGACUCUCCUGAGUCCCCUCACCCACUUCCUUCCCACUGUGCCUUGCCUUUGAGAGUGAAGGUGGGUGGAGUUGCCCAGAGAAAGGGGAGAGAAUUCCUGAAAGACCCAAAGUGUUCGUAAUUCUCCUUUGUCCUUUUACCUACAGAAAUGGUCACAUGGUUCUAUUAAAUAGCCUAAUAAACACAUCUGGAGCCUG